GGCUUCUUUUUUUUUUAUUUUAUUUUAUUUCCCUUUUCUUCUAAAAAAAAAAAUGUUUCCUAUUUUCAUCCUAUUUUUCUUUGGUUGCGUGACAAGUAUCCCCAUCUUUUCUUCCAGUCUAUUCAACAUUGGAUGUACACAACCAAUCUAUCAAGCCUUGGAUCCUGUGCAAGGAUUAAGACCCCAAACUCAAGCUCAUAUCAACUUUGGUAAGUUAUUUAACAGACAGUAUGGGGAAAUAACAAAAAUAAUAAAAAAAAAAAGAACUGACAGACAGGUUAUAGGGUAUAUACAUCGUUUGGAUACACCCACACUUAGACUAGGACCUGACAUUAGUGUUCAUCCUACCAACAGUAGAUCGGAAGAGCUACCUCAUCAAGCGGCAGCUAUUUUAUCAAGUAUCCGAUAUGAUGAAUUCAAUCGUCAACUGGAAGUCCGAGGUCGUAUUAGUCAAUUAAACGCCUAUCGUUUACAACGUGUACCGAAUAUGGAGGGCACAGUGAUGAGCUUACGUUUUGAUACCUUUGGCAGUAACCCUUUGAGUACAGAUGGUAUUACUGGUAAAAUCGUGCAAUUGACGGUGAUCCCACACAUCAAAGGAGAACAGCAUGCGGAAUUGGUGAUGGAACUAACACCGGAACCUAAUUUGGCUCAUACAACGGAAUAUAUCACCUAUGCCGUAGGUGGAAAACAAACCAAGAUGGAUUGGACUGGUAGUGGUAAAGACGGAUGUCGUACUUAUACACAAGUGAAUAGUCGAAAAGAUCGAUUUCAUGAAACAUUUGAAAGUGCCAUGUUACUGUAAAAUAAAAAUAUGUGUUUCUAUCGUGGCUGAAACACACACACACACA